UCUUUAACAGAUACAUGACAGAGGUACUAGAUGCUAUGGAGGUUGUAGAAGAUGUGGUCGACUAUAAUAAGCCGGAUUCCCAGGAAUUUGAGGUAUUGAAAAUCACGUCCAGAAAAGAAGCCCCAGAUGGGUUAGAACACCUUUACGAAGUGCACUGGAAAGACGGAGACAUUACCCAGGAACCUGUUGCCAACCUGAGUGGAGCUUCUGACGCACUCAGACUCUUCCUCGAGGAGAACUACCCAAACGACGCCCUCCUCAAAGUGCUCUCCUCCCUUGCACAAUCUGACGACGAGGAGAACAGAGAGAACGGAGCAGACAAGGCUAACGGAGGAGUGGAGAAGGUGGCUAGUAGCUGGCUGGCCAGGUGGCACCAGAAGACAACUAGAGGGAGUACCCAGUACUGGCUGAGGAAGGGUGAUUCUAGAGAGAGCACCCCGGAUCCUUUGUCCAGGACUGGUACCCCUCCUGUACCAGCGAGCAGAGACGAUACUCCGGAGAGAGAAGUUUCCGCCCCUCUCGCACCCCUGAAUGUCCCGAAUACUCCUGAAGUGCAGUCUGUUCUCUUCUCUGAGGAAGAGGACACUCUAGGAGGUACCCCCAAACGGGUGAGAAAGAGGAUACGAAUUGUAGAGGAGACGGUAAAGAUGUUUCCUCACCAGGAACUGUACGAUGUGGAGCUGGAGAAAACAGCAGAACAAAAUCAUAGCGAUGUGGAAAGAGAUCCUGAAAUUCAUCCUACUGACACUACCCGUUGGAAUAUUCGUGUUCCUGUACUAUUCCAAACAGCAGGCUGCAGAAUCUGCAUCUUCGACGUAAACUCCAGCUCCGAAUCUCUACGAGUUUUGUCACUUCUGCCCCUGUCACUACUGGACAGAUAUCCCACCAGUUUAUUACUUUAUUUUUGUUUCUGUUUAUUUUAAUUUUAAUUCAUUCCCGGCGCUCUGAUAUCACAAGACACGAUGGAAAGUGAACUGAUGGCAAAUGUAUUUCAAAUACAUUUCGUUACCACUAUGUACCAUCAAAUAGACAUUCCGUUAAUGUGAAACAGUAUUAGAAACUUGCAUACCUCAACCAUGAUCUCUUAUUUAACUAACUGUUUCAAUCUAAUUAUCUGAUUUAGUUUGUCGUCAUUAACUCCGCAUUGUGUUACAUUAAGUUGUUGUAAAUACCUCUGUUGGUUUGGUUUGGCUGGUGAGGCUCUGUUCACGUCCUCUUACAGUUCACGUCCUCAUACAAGUUCAGAUACAAUUAGAUGUGUGGCUAGUUAACCGCAGUUAAUGAUCUAUAAUUUGUAUCCAUUCUGAAGUAACUUUUGUUGUGCCAUCAGCAAUUUCAUAAAUCUAAAAGCUUGAAAUAAAUAGUUUGUGCUUACUUUUAACGGAUCCAUGCCCGAGAAGAAGGUGAUGGCUUAGGAAAUUUAUGAUUUAUUUUCUUACUUCUUUAAGUUAAGAUAUUUUAAAAAUAUUAUGGUUUUAAUAUGAAAAUUAUGCAGUAUUCAGAAUAUUUUUGGACGAAAAACUGACUUUUGAACGUAAAAAUUUCGCUACAGCUGUACCUUAAAGUUUUUGUCACAAAUGUCAUGGGAUCUUACGUAAAACAUUCGAAAUACAGUAUGAUUGCAAUUAAAUUCUAAUCAAGUUCAUAGUAUCAACUGAACGCGGAGAUCUUUCGAGCUCUGAUGUUCAUUUCCCCCACACCCUGCAAGUCGAAUAUCCUCAUAUUUGUGCUUUUUAUAUUUAUAAUGUUACUUCUUUCUUUAUAUUCAAAAUUGUGCGCAUAACACAAUAGUAUCGUAUGAUUAAGUUUUAAUUUAGGAUAAUGUUAUAGAUGUAAUGUGUUAUUUAUCAAUAUCAAAUUAUAUAAUUAAUACCUAAUAUAAUGAAACAUGAAUUAUGAAGGCCGAAAGGUAAUAUAUCUGGUAGCUAUGUUUAUAAUCUGAUAGCUAUAGAUCAUAUUAUUGAAACUAUAAUUCCAAUUCUA